UUCGAUGAACGCAAUCAACCUCGUCAACACAAAUUACCGUUAAGAUAAAGCCCGCAUUUAAGCCAGCAGGUAACCGCGACCCAACUAGUGGCGAAAAAUUCACCGCGCCAAACACAAGAAUGCUCCUCUUCUGCAUACUGUUACCGUUAGCUGCGAGUGCAACAGCCGACCGAGUCACGUUCAAAAACGUCUCGUUGUCGAGCUUCUACGAACACCUGGGGCAGAUAGAGAGCGCGGCGAGCCUCAAGGAGCACCUGCCGAGGCACUUCACCCAGUUCCUGAUAGUGUCGGGGGAGAUACCGGUGUUGUACGAGGACUCGGUGGCGGACAUCCACAACGUGCAAGAACUGUACUUCAGGAGGAACCGGAUCGAGGACAUAGAACCUGGGGCGUUCAAGAACUUGACGAGUGUGACGAGUCUGAUGCUGAGCCAUGGAAGCUUGAAGACGAUCAAGCAAGGGGUGUUCGAUAAUCUGGACAUAGCGGAGUUGCAAGUGAGUUUCAACCCCAUUUCGACCAUCACGAAGAGGAUGUUCGGGAAUUUACCCAAACUGAGGUAUCUCAGUUUCAACAACGACGAAAUCGAGACGAUUGAAGCGACGGCGUUUGAUCACCUAGUCAACCUGGAGAUUCUCGACUUGUCGAGGAAUCUUUUAUCGAAGUUGCCCGAUGGCGUCUUCAGAGAACUCCCUAAACUACACAUGUUGUUUUUGAAGAACAACAAGUUCGUCAAUCCACAGAAGCUCGCCUUCGACACACCAACGCUGAACCAUUUGGACCUAGCCAACAACGCCAUCGAGUCGCUUGUGGAGAACUUCUUCAUACGCUUGCCCAACCUCACGCGGGCGAUUUUGUCCUUCAACCAACUCAAGUCGAUUCCAGAUAACGUUUUUCUUAACAUACCUCUACACUACUUGGAUUUGAAUGAUAACAAAAUUUCAGACAUUGAUGCUAACGCGUUCGAUAACAUGAAGGACCUCCACGUUUUGAACCUCGCCAAUAAUCAAAUCAAAGCGUACAAUUUGUGGCUUUACAAUCCGGCUAAUCUGUCGCAACUUAUCCUCAGUAAUAAUCUCAUCGAGGAAAUUCCGGAUGAUUCCUUCAGGAAUUUCUGCGACGGGAAGAAAACUUCGCUCAAGUUCGACAAUAACAGGAUUACGAAAAUUACCCCGAGGACUUUCGAGUGUUUCACGAAAGUACAGUCGUUGGAUUUGUCGGGUAAUCAGUUGACUGAAUGGGAUGGAAGUUUCCUGGAGAAUAUUCUGGAGAUCGAAGUCCUGCGGUUGGGUACUAACCAGAUCAAGUGUCCGAAGGGCGACUUCAGGGAUGUUUUUCUGGCGAAUGUGACGUAUCUGAAUGGAAAUCCCUUGAGUGAGGAGUGUUUGGAUGGGAUCAAGAAGUGGAAUAUGUUGAAUCCGGCCAAAGUGGCCUGCACUGACUUUGAGACGUGUUAAUUUAUUUUAUUAGCAAUAAUUAGGUAGCUGUUGAGUCUGAUUUUCUGUGUUUGUAACAGCAUUCUUAGAAUAGUCAAAAACUGUUCUGGU